CUCCAUCUGCACCACCACCACCACCCAUCCAUUCCAUCUCAAUCUCUCCCUCGAGCAACCAGCUCCCUCCUCUGCCCACCAUUUCUUCCACGAUGUCAAACUUCUUCCGCUCAAUGGGCCGACGGGCCGGAAAGAAGACCCAACAACAACAACAACAACAACAACAAGCCCCUCCACCACCGGUACCAUCAAUCCCCCAGCAACAGCAGCAGAGACAGGUUCAGCAGCAGCAACAGGUCGAGGAACCGGAACCGUUGUUUAUGAAGCAGCCGUUUGCGCGAAGUGCGAUCGUGAAGGGCUCCUUCAAAACAAUCACCGCCCUCCCAAAAUACGUGGAUCCAAACGAAUGGCUAGCCCUAAACCUUUUCGAAUUCUUCCAACACCUCUCCCAAUUUUGGGACCUAACCUCCCCCUCCUGCACCCAAACCACCUGCCCAACAACCCACCCAACCCACCCGCCCUCCCCCCAAAACCCCCCAGCGCACAUCUACAUCCCCUCCCUCCUCACCCACCUCUCCUCCCUCCUCUCCUCCCCCUCCCACUUCCCAACCCGGCACGCACACCCAUUCCCUCGAAACUUUGGACAAAUUGCGAGAGAGGUGUAUGCGCAGAUGUGGCUCGUUUUCGAACAUGUUUAUUGGAGGCAUUUUGAGGUUGUUGUUGAUGGGGGGGCGGAGGCGCAUUGGAAUAGUUUGUUUGCGCAUUUUGUUACGUUUGGGAGGGAGUUUGGGAUGGGCGCGGAGCAGGGGGGGAUGGGUGGGGGUAGUGGGAGGAUGGGGGGGUUGGUUAGGAAGUUUGAGGAGCAGGGGAGUGUUAUUGCGAUCGGGGAGCAGAAAUGAAAAGUUGGUGCUUGAUGUUUGGUGUGGUGGCAGCUGGCUGCGAGCUUGAAAGGACAUUGAAAGACACACGAUUGAGGAUAAGAAUGAGAUUGAGAUGGCUUGGCUUACACAUAAGCAUAUGAAGAUUUUGGACAGGAUAGGACAAGACUUCGGAA